UAGAGACCGAUAACUUUAACUCGGAUUCAUUGAAAUACUUGACUGCCUUACGCCAGGUACAGCCUAAUAAACCCCUACACGUCACUGAAUUCUGGCCAGGUAGGUUUGAUUACUGGGGCGAUACGGCUCACCAUACUAUGGAUGUCAAGUAUUUCGAGAAAGAGAUUUCGGACAUUAUAUUCAAAGCCAACUCUUCAGUCAAUUUCUACAUGUUUUUCGGUGGCACUAACUUUGGGUUUAUGAACGGGGAUAAAGUGGCCACUAGUUAUGAUUAUGAUGCACCCUUAUCUGAGACAGGCAAUUAUUCGGCAAAGUAUUGGAAAACUAAGGAAUUGAUCGAUAAGUUUAAUAAAGAGAGAUCUCAACCGGAUAUAUAUAUACCUAAACCCCCGGAAUAUGUACCUCCAGUUUCUUACGGCAAACUCAAAGUAAAAGAUUACUUGAGUUUAGAGGACGUGUUGACACAAAUGAAGCCAAUCGUCACCGAAAAGCCACAACACAUGGAGUUAUUAAAUAUAACACAGAAUUCCGGACAAAGUUAUGGUGGUGUCUCUGAUCGGGGAGUCAUACUCGUAGACCAUAAUGAGGUCGGUUUAGUUGAAAGUGCGGCGAAAGACUAUAAUCAGGACUUAAAUGACACACAAUUUGCAAACACAACGACUCAUACGUUGGAUAUUAUUGUUGAAAAUACCGGUCGACCCAAUGGCGGGGCUGUAAUGAAUACCGCCCGAAGAGGUCUUAACGGNAUGAAUACCGCCCGAAGAGGUCUUAACGGUGACGUCGCUAUCGAUGCAAAAGUUGCCACAAAUUUCGAGACAUUUCCCCUUGAAUUCAAAGAACCAUUUGUUGAACAGUUAACUAAAUUAAAGGGAAAGCCGUUCAUUGAGGGCAUCAAAAGUCCAGCCGUUUAUCGGUUAGAAUUGGAUAUUAAGGACAGUCCGAGGGAUACAUUCAUACGACUGGACGGUUGGGUGAAAGGAAAUGCAUUCAUCAAUGGUUUCAAUAUCGGCCGGUAUUACCACAUCGGACCUCAAAAAAAUCUGUACAUCCCUUCACCUCUACUAAAAAGUGGGAAAAACGAUAUAUUACUGUUUGAAUUGCAUUCAGCCACCGAUACUGUUGAGUUCCCUGGUGAACCAGACUUAGGCCCAGUACAUAUCAGUGACGCCGUACCCAUCGCUGACGAGACAUACAUUGACUUUGAGAGUGAUUUCAAACCCACUGUCAGUAUAGCCGACAAAAAC